UUGUGGCCCGACGUGUGCAGUGCCUACCUGGCAGAGUUCACUAACACACGACCAACCGUACGCGUGCGUUAUAUCUGAUUAUUAUAUAAAUAUUGCGCUUAGCCUUUGUUAAAAAUGACCCUGAUUGUGCGACGGUGAUUACCCGCGGCUGCGAGCCAGUGUUUAAUCGUACAUAAGUACUAGUGUGAAUCGGUCAGGAUGCCGUAUAUCAUGGUUAUGGGCAGCCUGAGUGCGCCCCAUCUUUCUAAGGACGAGGGCGCAACGGUAUACGGGCUGAAGAGUGAGGAGCGAGCGGCGCUAGUGAGGGAGCUGAACUCCUCCUUCAACAUGUCGGUCGCAACAUCAUCAGAUCAAGAACGCACAGUGCGCGUGACACAAAAAGGCCUGACCCUAGUGGUCGUGAACCGACUCCACGCCAUCCUCGGGUACGACGUCGUGUCCCACGCCAUGGCGAUGACCAACGCCAACCGCGAGCUGAUCUCCUUCACCAUGUACAAGAAGUCGAACAGCCAUCACCACGGACACAGCAGCCAUAAAGGCCACUCACACGGCAACGUCGUCACGCUCUGAUGAGACUACAAUUGAGAGUAACUAUAG